CCCCGCGCAUGCGCGUUGCCCCCCUGAUUUAGCCGCUGUAUUUCCUGCUCGCUGUUUCCACUCGGAGCGAUGAUGGCAGAAGUGAAAGCGUCGCUGCUUUGUGGAGUUGUAGCGGCUCUCCUAAGCUCAGCGGUGCUGGCUGUCGUCGAGGAUCUAGAUGACACAUUUAAAGACACCAGAGUGAACGACAUCUGGCUGGUUGAUUUCUAUGCACCGUGGUGCGGCUACUGUAAAAAACUGGAGCCGGUAUGGCACGAGGUGGGAGUCGAGCUGAAGACCUCGGGGUCGCCGGUCCGUGUGGGAAAGAUGGAUGCCACCGCUUACUCUGGAAUGGCAUCAGAGUUCGGUGUUCGUGGUUACCCCACAAUAAAACUGUUAAAGGGUGAUCUUGCCUAUAAUUACAAGGGACCAAGGACAAAAGAUGACAUCAUAGAGUUUGCCAACAGGGUGUCGGGACCGGCAGUCCGGGCACUUCCCAGCAAGCAGAUGUUUGAGCACAUGAUGAAACGGCAUGAUGUGCUUUUUGUGUACGUCGGCGGGGACUCUCCCCUCAAAGAGAAGUACAGCGAAGUCGCCUCGGAGCUUAUUGUCUACACUUAUUUCUUCUCGGCCUCGGAGGAAGUCCUUCCAGAGUCAGUAACUUUGCCAGAGCUUCCUGCGGUUGUAGUCUUUAAGGACGGAGGCUACUUUACCUAUGAUGAGUACGAAGACGCUAGUUUGUCAUCGUGGGUGAACAAGGAGCGCUUCCAAGGAUACCUCCAGAUUGAUGGCUUUACACUGUAUGAGCUCGGAGAAACAGGCAAAUUGGUGGCGAUUGCAGUCAUCGACGAGAAGGACCCCACAGAGGAGAGUGGCAGAUUAAAGACCUUGAUUCAGAGGGUGGCGAAGGAAUACAGAGAACAUUUUAACAGAGACUUCCAGUUUGGCCACAUGGACGGGAACGACUACAUUAACAGCCUCAUUAUGGGCGAGGUGACGGUGCCCUCCGUUAUCAUCCUCAACACAUCCAACGAGCAGUACUUUCUGCCCAGUGAGCCGAUCGAGACCAUGGAGCAGCUGGUCCAAUUCAUCAACGGCGUUUUGAACGGUUCCGCACAGGCGUACGGAGGUGAUGGCUUCAUUCAGAGGAUCAAACGUGUGGCUUUCGAUGCCAGGUCAACCAUAAUGUCAGUGUUUCGCAGCUCUCCGCUGCUGGGCUGCUUCCUGUUCGGCCUACCGCUGGGCGUAAUUAGCCUGAUGUGCUACGGCAUCUGCACAGCCGAGUCGGAUGACGGUUCGGAUGACAUCGACGCGCUCAAGAGGGAGGGCCUGACGGAUGAAGAGGACGAAGAGGAGGAGGAGGAGAGGCAACGCGCCGCUGAACUGGAGGGCCCCGAAGAGGGCGAGAACGAGGAAGACGACGCCGGAGAGAAGGAUCCCGAAGAGAAGAAGACCGAUUAACACAGGGGCUCCCGUCGGAUAGAGGAUGAUAGGCCUAGUCAAAUGCAGUGACAUGAAACUCAAAGACAUAUCAAUGUAUUACCAUUUCUGCUUCUUUGUCUUUCAUAUCACUUCCCGUCGAAGCCCCUCUAGCACAGACUGUUCUCCCACCUUCGAGUUCUGUGCGUCAGUCAGUGAGGUCAGCCGCUCAGUGAAGCCAAUGAAUGCGAUUUAAAACUAACAGCCUUUUUUAAUGAUGGAGUGUAAACACAUGAUGUUCAAGAGGAGAACGGGAGGCUGUGAACCAAACAUACCACUUAUUUAUUAUGAUUCGACCAACCAGUGGUUUAUUCCAUGUCGCGUGAGCCUUUCUGACAUCGUUAGAUUGUUUCGUAACCACUUAAACGCCCUUAUUAUAUCUUCUUUUCUCAAAAUCCCUUUUCUUUUUUCCAGCUUCCUAUGAUAUCCUAGACUUGUAGAUAUAGUAGCUAAUAGAUGAACCUCGCCUUCAAACUGAAUACAGCAUAAAUACACAAACAUUUUGUUCACCUCUUCCCUGAACCCAAAGUGUACGCUUACCUAUGUGUAGCGACUGACGAGUGUAGAAAGCAAAGGAAGUGCCCGAGAAGGAAAAAUCUGCCAUAAACGAAUUGUGCUUUUUAUGUUUUAUUGUAUGUUAUCGCCUGAAAAUGUUCUUGUGGGGAUGCAGUAUGACUUACUCCUCACGCGAGCCACCUGUUAGUGUUCAUUUCUGCAGGAAAAAAAAGUUGGGAUGGUAAUUGGUAUCAGUCUGUCUCAUACUCGUUUCAACCCAACAUGACCGACCGGCUCGAAAUUGAUAGUAUAGAUGGCUCGUACCUGUACGGCACACAUUCAUAACAUGCAUCAGUAACUCCCGCGGCUUUUAACAACUCAUAUUCCUCAGCUAGAGCGGCUCUGUCUGUUUCCAUAUUUCAAUCUGUCUUCCAUCACUGGUCGCUAUAUUGAAUUCAGUCGGCAGGUUGAAGUUUACAUCCUGAUGCACUGAGAAGUACACAGAGCAUACACAAUAUUCGUACUGUCUCCCAGUUGCUUAGUUUCACCCCCCCUCCUUUGUUUUUUUCUUUUUUAGUUGUUAAAACCUGCUACUGUCAGUUUUCUCAUGCCACAGAAAUCCACGUCAAUCCGUUUUUCAUACCCUUGUGACUGAGAUGUAUGGAGGGGGUUAUUGCUUCCUCUUGGAUUCACGAGGCCGGCCUCUUUCACGAAAAGAGCAAGUGUUUCUAAAGUCUGCUACACCCAGUGUAAUACAGUUUUUAUGAAAACUGCACAGUGGAUGUUAAAGCACUAUGGAAACAGGUUUCAUUAUCUUUAGUAUCUAUAAAUAAUAUCUCUCACUAAAGAAUGAAAAAUAAAAAAAGGUGAAAUUAUUUAAAAAUGCGUAGUUAACACUCAAAAACUCAGGGUGUAAUUUUGAGAUUUCUUUUACAGUGGUGUUUCCAUGGCGAACGUCGUGCACGGAAAUACCCGACAUCACCUUUAUACCAAUACUACCACCCCACAGGGGAGACAGCGAGCGCAACUCUUUCACAAGAUAAUAAAACCCACCUACCAUAACCUGUAAAGCUCAGAGAAUAACACGUUAUGGGACUUUUUUAUUUUAUUUAAUCACACAAAAAGUAAGAAGUUCAUUCUGGGAGGUGAUGACAACACCUAAGAUCACGCCAUGUUGUCUUUACCCUUCAGUUGUCAUGCUGAUUAAAGAAGCGAGAUAGAGGCGACGCUUUGUUGUCUUCUAGAAGAACGACGCUCGCCGUUUCCCCUUUGUUUUCAGUCUUUAUGCUAAGCUAAGCUACUCGGACAUGAGAAUGGCAUCCAUCUGCUCGUCGUGAAUGUUAAACUACUCCUCGUACACUGGAUUCUGAUUUGCUCUGCAUUUGUUUUACAUUAUUCAUCUGGGGAAAAAAGAAAAAGAAAUCAUGCAUCCUGUUUAACGCACAGCGCUGCAAAGCAAUUAGAAGUUUUGAAAUGAGCAAUGAAAGCUUCUGUAACGGGCUUUCUCUCUCAGGGGGACUUCAACACAUGCUAAUGAACGAGCGUUAAGUUCGUUUUCGACUUCGGGAACGGUCGUAUGACAAAGUAAUCUUAACUCUAGGUCCACACUUCUCGAGCUUUCAGUCUCACGAACUGAACCAACUCCGUGACAACUAAGCAAAUGACUAUGUGGGCCUUGAAUUAAGAGUUUAUUUUCAAAAUGGUACUGAAUGUUUUGAGCUGUUAGAGCUAUUAGUGUGUAAUCCCCGGUCCUUACCUCCAUUCUGUAACCCCUUUUUAAAAAGCUGUAGCUGAGCGAUACGACGGUUACAGAUUUAUUUAUUUUUUUCAUCGUCGCUCAUUUCGUUGUGCUUUCGUAGCUCGGUAAAUCAUGUGACUUGAUCCACCUCAACCUAAGCACACCUGUUGUUGUUGUUUUUUUUUUUGUUUUUUUAAUAUACAGACAUGAUCUGUAUUAUUACUGUGAAACUGCACUAAAGGAAACCAUGCCCUCGCCUUGCCUUCUGGUCUUUGUAGUUGCCUACCAUUCUCUGCCAAACUUCCUCUUUGGGUUUGAAUUGAGAUUGUCACACUUUGUUACAGGUUUGAAAGAUUGAAAUAAAGAUUGUCCUCUUUUUUUUCUU